AUGGACAACGCCGCUACGAUGGGCGAGGUAGAGGAGGAGCCUACGGAGCAAGAGGCGGCCCCGACUUCAGCCACCGCGACAACUUCACGCCGCUCUGCCGGGAGAACUCAGCCUCGCUGGACUCGCGAGGAAGAAUGCGAGGUUCUCGCAGCGUUCAUCACGAAGCAGGUCGAGAUCCGCCGCCGCACGGGUCAGCAAGGCCGCAGCUGGUACCCGUUGAUCCAGCAAGAGCUUCUGGAGCACAACCCCGACUGGCACCACGACAUUGCCGUGCUCAAGGUGAAGUACAACCGGAUGAAGGAGCAGUGGCGCCGCAUCAACGACCGCCUCAAGCGCUCUGGGGCUGGACGCGCAACCGGGCUGCCUCCUUGGUACCACCUCGGCGACGCACUCUGGGAGCCCGUCCCGGAGUAG